AUGGGCCUCCUCUUCAGCAAGGUGUGGCAGCGGAUGCUUGGGUCCAAAGAGAUGCGGAUCCUCAUGUUGGGCCUGGACGCAGCCGGCAAGACCACUAUCCUGUACAGACUGAAGCUGUCGGAAGUUGUGACGACCAUCCCUACAGUCGGGUUCAACGUCGAGACCGUAGAGUACAGGAACAUCAACUUCACCGUCUGGGACGUAGGCGGCCAGGACAAGAUCCGCAAGCUGUGGCGCUACUACUACCAGGGCACCGACGGCCUAAUCUUUGUGGUGGACAGCUCUGACCGUGACCGCAUCAACGAUGCAAAGGAAGAGCUGCAGCACAUGCUGGGCGAGCCAGAGAUGGAGAAUGCGGUGCUGCUAGUGCUGGCAAAUAAGCAGGACCUUCCGAAUGCGAUGUCUGCGAGUGACAUCAUGCAGGCGCUGGAGCUGCAGAAGAUGCAGCAUCGCAAGUGGUUCAUUCAGGCAACCUCAGCCCCAACAGGGGAUGGCUUGUACGAGGGCUUGGACUGGCUUUCCCGCGCCCUCUGCUCGAAGUGA